UUCUCUUUGUACAUAUUAUGUUAAUCACUACCGAUCAUACCAGCACUUUUACCAAAAACACACACAUUCUCGAUAUACCCUCUACUAUAGUUUGGUCACAAACACUAGAGACAAUUACAUUGAAAAUAGACAUUCAUCAUGUUGAAUUUAGAAUAUCCGAACGAUGCUUACAACUCUGCAAUAAAAACAAAACAAUUACAUUACCGCUGUAUGGCCAUGUACAUGUACAACAAGAGCACAAUGCAUUACGAAUAAAUAACAUGAUAAUCACAUUAAAGAAAGAACGCUCCGUGAUGUGGCCACAUUUACUUGUUCAGCAGACAGACAAAGAGAUCGAACGCUACUUAUUAGAAGCCAACUUUCUUGUCCAUAUAGACUAUCAAGCGAGCACAGACAUGUAUGAUAUACUUGACUUUGAUACAGUGAUCAAUGGUCAUGGUGAAAAGACAGGUCUUGAAUAACUUCGACACGGACUUUCGGACCGAUCUUGUGUUUUACUAAAAAAAGGGAUGUUUACCUAAUCGAACAAGCCAAAAUAAAGAUACCAAAUAAAUUUGGUUAGACAGCAACUAUUUUUAUUCUUAUAAAAU